CUCUGUCCUCCCGGCGCUCAGUGCCUCUGUCCGGGCGGCAGCAGCAGCUCCAGCAGCAGCAGGAUGCCCUCCAUCAGCUCGGUGAUCCUGCAGGCCACCAGCUGCCUGUGUGAGCGCAGGGGCUGCAUGCAGCUGCAGCAGCUGCAGCAGGAGCUGCAGCAGCGUUGCAGGAUGACAAAUGAAGAUUUCAUCUACAUCAUCCACAACUGUCCGCAGCGCUUCCUGCUGGUCCCGGACGGGGAGUCCUACUCGGUGGUCGGUCGCACCUCCCUGCGGCUCUGCGGGGCCUACAGCCGGGGGGAGCGGUGCGGGGGAAGCUGCCAGCAGCUGCAUCUCUGCCGGUUCUACGUUUUCGGGAACUGCAGGUUCGGGAAGGGCAGGAAGUUGUGCAAGCUGUCCCAUGACGUCAGCUCGCAGCACAACGCCGGGCUGCUGAGGGAAUGCACGCUGCACCAGCUGCAGGAGGACGAGCUGUUCCUGCUGCUGCUGCAGAACGACCCGCAGCUGCUGCCUGAGGUGUGCGUUCAUUACAACAAAGGCUCGGCUCCUCACGGCGGCUGCAGGUUCCAGGACUCCUGCUCCAAGCUGCACCUGUGCCAGCACUUCCUGCAGGGCGUCUGCCGGUUCGGGCCGCGGUGCAGGCGGCAGCACGCCGUGGACCAGCGCAGCCAGAGCGUCCUGGAGCAGAGGGGGCUGAGCCGCCAGCUCAUCAGAGAUCUGCCCGUCACCUACAGGAACGCCCAGCACCUGAACGCCACCGCCACAUCAGCUGCUGCUGCAUCACCUGCUGCAUCACCUGCUGCAGACGACCCAGAUUCUGAUCGGUUCUGUAAAGCGGCCCAGACAGACGAGACGGAGGAGAUCUGUCUGCAUUUCAUCAGGAACAGCUGCAGGUUCCGGGACAGCUGCCGCCAGGUCCACUUCCACCUGCCCUAUAAGUGGGAGGUCUAUGAUGGCCGGUGCUGGUCAGACCUGGAGAACAUGGAGGAGAUUGAACGGGAUUACUGCGACCCGGCUAAGACUCACAGCUCGGACUAUCAGCUGGUGGAUUUUGUCACCAUGACGAUGGAGUCCAUGCCCGUCCGCCGUCUGUCCACCGUCUCCUGGGUGAGGAGGCCGCCCCACUACAGCCUGACCACCCAGUGGCUGUGGUACUGCCGGGCGGAGCGGGGCGGCUGGCUGGAGUACGGGCAGCCGGAUGAGAAGCAGCGGUCCACUUCAGUAGCGUCUAGAACCGUGGAGGAGGCCUUCGUCUCUGGUGAAAGCGAAGUCCAGGUGGUGAAAGGCCAGAGGGUCUACGUCGUCUCCUUCAGAGACAUGUACCAGAGGAACCCCAAGCACCACACCAAGCGGAGCGUGCGCCGCCGUCCUCGCUUCGUCUCCAAGGCCGAGGUGGACAAGCUGGCGGCUGACCUGAGGAAAUGUUCUGGAUGAGUUCUGAUGGACCUGGUCUGGACUCUCUGACAUCACACCAGUAAAAAGGAACUUUCUGUUUCUGGUUUCCAGCAUCAGAACGUUUUGCAAAUCUGGAUUUUCCUGGUCCAGAAGAAUCAGACCAGAACCUUUUUAUGUUUUAUUUCACCAGAACCGAUCAGGUUGCCAAGAGCAAACCUGCUGUCGCACGUUGCGUUGCUUCAUGUUGCGUUAAUUGAAGCACUUUGUAAAUCAAUCUGCGCUGCUCAGACUUCCUGUUAUUUUCCUGGUUUCUGAUUUUUAUUUGUUGUUCUUUUUACUGUAUUUUAUUUUGAUAGUUUAUGUUCUUGCUGUUUGCACUUCCUGUCACUGUUUCCUGUGACUUCAGAUCAAUUGUAAUAAAUUCAAUGAAACUUUGA